AUGGCGACCUGGGCUCAGCGCGCAUCGGCACCGACCGACGCGCCGUCCCCAGCCUCGUCGAGCACCCCCGCCGCCGACCCCUCGACCUCUUCCUCCUUCCCAUCGCCGCAACCUCCCGCGCCCGCUCCUGCACCCAAGAAGCGAACACAGUCGCUCUCCAAGGCCAACGCAUCGGACAACUGGCGCGCCUCGGCCCGGCCGACCUCGGCUGCCGACGCUUCCAAGGCGAGCGGCGCGACCAAGGCUUCGGCAACGGGCGCUGCGAAUACGGGCGGCGACGAGGCGGACGACGGCGGAUGGGAGACGGUCGAGAAGAAAGACAAGCAUGCGACUGCUGCUUCGUUCGGCGGGCGGUUCGGCGGCGGGAAGAAGGGCCACAAGGACGGCUCGAAAAAGGGUGAGGGUCGAAGGUCGGGCAGCAACGAGAAGGGAAACGAGUCGAGCGGCGCCGAGGGAGGCAAGGGAAAGGGCUCGGCAGGACGUGCGCGAGCUACGUCGUCUGCUGCACCGAAGGAGAAGAAGGACUCGGCAGCGGCGCCUGCUUCCUCUUCACGACCAUCGCUGAAACCGGCGGCGAGCUGGGCAGACGAUGACGGGACGGGCAUGCUUCCCUCUCCAAAUUUCGGAGCGUCCCCGGCUCCUCCAGCCGCGGUCAAGGAUGAUGCGGCGGUCGAAGGUCUCGCGCUGCCGCCGUCCGAGGCGCCCUCCCCUACCUCGGAGAAGCCUCCUCCCGUGGAAGCGCCGGCCAAGAAGCAGGAGCCGGCGCCGCCGAAGGUCAACGUGUGGAGCGUGAGGAAGGAGCAGUUGGCGCAAGCGGCAGCGUUCACGCCGGCCAGCGAGGUGCGAGCGAAGGGUCAGGGCGAGGCGCCAACGCCCAAGGAGGCUAUCGCUGCGGGGAAGAAGCAGGCAGAGAAGCAGGCGGACAAGCCGGCGGCCAAGCAGCCGCGACAACCGCAGCAGUCGCAGGCGUCGAAGAAGGAGGGCAAGGCGCGAGCUGGCGAGGCUGAGCAGGAGGGCAAGGCUGCGAAGGCGUCGAGCACGGCUGGAUGGUCGAGGACGCCAUCGGGGUCGCAGCAAGGACCCGUCGUCGUCGCAGGUGAAGACGCGGCGAGUUGGCCGGCGCCGGAAGAUGCUGUCAAAGGCCAGGACGAGUCGGUCAAGCCGAAGAAAGAGCAGGCCGAGAAGCUCGAGUCGCAGCCGGCUGCUACAGGCGGCAAAAAGAAGAAGGGCGACAAGACGAAGUGGGUCCCGCUAAAGGCCGAGAUCACGGUCAACCCUAGCAGCGGUGGCGCAUCGAAGGCUAAGGCGAAGGGCGCGCGAGUCGCGAGCGGAGCGGGCGGUCCCGAGAAGAAGGGCGCAGCCGCUCCUGCCUCUCAAGCGGCACAGCAGGGUCAGCAGCCGAGCAAAGCGGCCAAAGCGGGGUCUCCUGCUGGUCAGGGUACGCACCCUCUGCCGGCGAAGCCGCCUGGGCAGGCUCAGACGAGCAAGGCGGCGAAGAAGGCGGCCGCUGCGGCUGGCUCGCCUCCUCCGGCCAACCGCCCUCCCACGCUCGACACGAGUUGCGACUCCGAGGGCAUCAUCCGUCCUUUCGGCACUCUCGCUGCGCCCAAUUCGAACAUCCCCGCCUCAGAAUCGUCGUCUCCGUCCACCUCCGCCUCCCCGUCUCUCGCCCAGGCCUCGAAGCCCGACUCGGCGUCCACAGCUUCCGAUGCGCCUUCGUCUACUCCUGCCACUACCGCUGCUCCGUCUACGACCGGCAGCGAGCCCAAUUCUGCCCAGCCGCCGCAGCAAGGUCUGCCUCGGCAACACGCCGUCUUCGUCCAGCCUCCAGCUCAGCAAGCUUUCGCAGGUCGCGGUCGCGGACGCGGCGGCGUUCCUAUGCGUGGCGCGAGGGGCGGUGCGCGUGGCGGCAUGAACGGCAACGGUUUCGGCCGGGUGUUCCACCAACAGCAGCAGCAUCACGCCGCGAUGACCGCCGCGGGCUAUGUCCCCGUUCCAGUCGACGUCGAUGCGUAUGGCUACCCAAUCCUUGACGCGUAUGGCUACCCCGUCGCUGCCGCUCAGCAGCAGGCUCAGCAGCAGGCUGCGCCGGUCGACCCGCGCAUGCUUGACCCGACGAGGUACUGGCUCCUCGGCCAAAUCGAGUGGUGGUUCUCGGUCGACAACCUGUGUCGCGACUUGUUCUUGCGUCAGCAGAUGGACAAGAACGGCUGGGUCCCGAUUCCUCUCAUCGCCUCCUUCAACCGCAUCAAGAAGCUCACGACCGACGUCUCGAUCGUCAUCGAGACGAUGCGCUUCACCCCGCUCCUCGAGGUCUCGCCGAAGGGUCGCUUCGUCCGUCUCGCUCAGACUUGGCCCGACUGGGUCCUCCCGAAUGCCCAGGCGAACGACGAUGUCGAGAAGGACUUCGAGGAGGCGAAGAAGGAGGUCCAGGAGCUGCAUGAGCGCAAGCAGAAGGAGGAGGCCGGCGAGAAGAAGGAUGUCGGCGAGAAAGAGGGCGAGGAGGAGGAGCAGGAGGCGGAUAAGCCGGCUGAUGCACCGGAUGUCGAGGCUGACCCCGCCGCCUCUGAUGCGCCCGCGGAGCAAGUCAACGGGCAUGCCGAGCACAGCGAAAACGAGGACUCGAACGCCGAGGCUGCGGCGGCGAGGAAGGAAGAUGCGCCCACUCGAAGAGAAUCGUCGCCCAGAGAAGCACCCAACACCGUCUCGCCGAAGGCUCUGCCCGCCCAACCCAUCGUCGACACGAGCGUCGCCUCCGUCCCGGCCAAUGGCUCACCCUCGCCCUCCAUCGCAUGA